CUCUAGAUUAUCUCUUCUCAUUAUCCAAGGGACCAGAGCUCCUAGAAAUUUGAGAGACUACUUUUUCUUAGAUUUUCCCUCAAAACAAUUUUUCAAUUGCAUAAAAAACCGGACACAACGGUGACUAACGAUGACACUGCACGUGUGGUGCACAAUUGCCUAGACUCGAAUCACUGGCUAUAGCCAGUAACUCUUGGUAAUAUUGCUUUUCUUCUUUCCCAGAAGAAGACCAGCGAAGAGACUGCAGAAGUUGAUAGCUUAUCUUUCUGUUCUCUCUUCUUCUGUCAAUCACUUGUUAAAAUGCCUAUGUAUGAGUCAACUAAGUUUGAUUGGAGUGGUGGUGGCGGUGGGCAAGUCCUAGAUCUAGAAACAGCCGUGAAAGAUGGCAUUUUAGGUGGUGACGUCAGUGGUCCAGUUUAUACUGGUCUUGCAGACAAAAUGGAUCUGAAGAUAAUGAUACAAGAGCUUGAAUCAAUUGAUGUGCCAUCCGUGUUUAUCUGUCCAAUUUCAUUAGCCCCAAUGCAAGAACCGGUGACUCUGUGUACCGGCCAGACUUAUGAGAGAUCCAACAUUUUGAAAUGGUUCUCCCUCGGCCGUUUCACUUGCCCUACUACGAUGCAAGAACUCUGGGACAAUUCUGUCACUCCUAACAACACCCUUCAGCAACUCAUUUUUUCCUGGUUCUCCAUCAAAUAUGCUGCCAUGAAGAAGAAAUCAGAGGAUGUGCAUGGAAGAUCUAUUGAGAUUUUGGAGACUUUAAAGAAAGUUAAAGGUCAAGCUAGAGUUCAAGCUCUUAAAGAGCUUAGGAAGCUUGUAAGUAUUCAUUCUACUGCUAAAAAGGCUGUUGUUGGUAAUAAUGGUGUUGGUUUGAUUUCUUUUUUGUUGGGUCCUUUCACUACUCAUGCUGUUGGGUCAGAGGCAAUUGGGAUUCUGGUCAAGCUGGACCUUGAUCUGGAAACAAAGAAGAAUUUGAUGCAGCCAGCAAAGAUUUCGUUAAUGGUGGAUAUGCUAAAUGAAGGAACCAUUGAGACAAAGAUUAAUUGCACGAAGUUAAUCGAAAUUUUAAUGGAAGCCGGUUUAGGGUCUGAGAAGGUGUCUAGCUGUAGUCUUUUGGUUGGUUUGUUGAGAUUAGUGAAGGAUAAGAGGCACCAAAACGGGGUAUUGGCUGGACUGGGCUUGCUCAAGACAAUUUGUUCUCAUGAGGCUGUGAAAUAUUCGCUUGUCAGCAUCGGAGCAGUUCCUCAGUUAGUCGAGAUACUACCUAGUUUGAGUAAUGAGUGUCUGGAGUUAGCACUUCACAUACUCGAGGCCGUGUCGACAGUUGCUAAGGGAAGAUUGGCUUUGAAAGAUUGUCCCUGUACAAUACCAAAUGUUGUGAAGUUGUUGAUGAGGGUUUCUGAAAGUUGUACUCAGUUUGCCUUGUCGAUAUUAUGGGCAGUGUGCAAGCUUGCACCAGAUGAAUGUGCUCCACUUGCUGUGGAUGCAGGUUUGGCGGCCAAGCUACUUCUGGUAAUGCAGAGUGGCUGCAGUCCUGAAUUGAAGCAGCAGUCAGCAGAGCUCUUGAAAUUAUGUAGUCUAAAUUACUCGGCUUCUAUAUUCCUUUCAAAGUGUAAGCUUACUAGAUCUUUACAGUGAAGCAAAUUGGCAAAAUGUUGAUAGACUAAAUAUUAAUGAUGAGUCAUAGCUAGAUCAAGCUUAGGUCAAGUGAUAAGUAAACAGCCUGACAUUUUUCCAAAGCUUUACAAUAAUCCCUGAACAAGCUUGUGAUGGUUGCAGACUUGUAUCGAUCCACAAGAGAAUGGUGUAAGUAUGUCUCCAUUGAGUGGAAUAGAGGCUUUUGCUAGAAAAUGCAGGAAAGGGUAUUCCUCUGAGCACUUGUUUUCAUUUGUAUAUGUAGUCAAAAUUCACUGGGUUGCCUGUAAUAUUGAUCUAAAAAAUUUCAGUGUAAAUUUUUUAGAUCUUCUGGUUUCUGGAUGUAAAAAUUUUGUAUGAUGAACUCCCUUCUGUAAUUUUUGCAAGAUAUGAUUUAACAUCCGGUGUGAAAAUUUUCAA